AUGUCGGCCCCCGCCGGGUCCCCUCAUCCGGCCGCCAGCGCCCGGAUCCCGCCCAAGCUUGGCGGAGCCGCCGCCUCAGGAGCCGCCGCGCCGGCAGGCCCGGGCCCGGGGCCGCACCAGCAGAACGGUCCAGCACAGAAUCAAAUGCAAGUUCCAUCUGAGUAUGGAUUGCCGCCUCAAAACUAUAUUGUUCCCUCAGGACAUUACUCUCAAGGACCUGGGAAAAUGACCUCGUUGCCAUUGGAUAGCCAGAGUGGUGAUUACUACUCUGGUCUCUAUACGGUACCAACCCCGAAUGUGGCGACUCCUAACACAGCCAGCCAGCAGCCAGGAGCUCAGCAGAUGUAUGGCAGGGUUCCUCCCGCCCCUCAUGCUGUGGGGUCCACUCCGGGAUCUUUCCAAGGUGCCUCGUCCUCCGCAUCGCAUUUGCAUACGAGUGCCUCCCAGCCGUUCUCCUCUUUUGUGAAUCAUUACAACAGUCCACCCAUGUACUCUGCCAGUUCUUCUGUUGCUUCUCAGGGAUUUCCCUCUACUUGUGGUCACUAUGCUUUGUCAACUGUUUCUAAUGCUGCGUAUCCUAAUAUUUCAUAUCCCUCUCUACCUGCUGGUGAUCCGUACGGGCAACAAAUGUUUACCUCACAGAAUGCUCCAACUGUCAGGCCAAUUAGAGAUAAUUCAUUUUCUGGUCAAAAUACAGCUGUCAGCCAUCCGUCACCGCUUCCACCUCCACCAUCACAACAGUACCACCAGCAGCAGAGUCUUUCAGGAUACAGUACUUUCUCGUGGUCAGCUCCGGCCCUUCCAUCAACCCAAGACAAUCUGAUUCGAAACCACACCUCCCUGGCUACAGCCAGCAGCCCAACAAAUACUGUUGCAGAUUCCUUGUCCUGUUCUGUAAUGCAAAAUGUUCAGCCUCCUAAAUCCAGCCCAGUAGUAUCCACUGUUGUGUCAGGAGCCUCGACAGCUAGAAUGCCUCCUGCUGCAAAUCGUCCAGUGGAGCCUGUGGCCUCGGUUACACAGCCGUCAGAGCUAUUACAGCAGAAAGGCGUGCAGUAUGGUGGAUAUGCUAAUAGCCCAGCUAGCUUCGCAGCAGCCCCCUUGUCAUCAGCUUCCGAUGAUGAGGAAGAGGAGGAGGAGGAUGAGGAAGCAGGUGUUGACAGCUCUUCUACGACAAGCAGUGCUUCUCCAAUGCCCAACAGUUAUGAUGCUCUAGAAGGAGGCAGCUAUCCAGAUGUGCUUUCCUCAUCAGCAAGUAGUCCUGUUCCUGACCCCGCUCCCGGCCCCGCUCCAGCGCCAGCCCCAGCGGCUCCUCAGCCUUCAAAACUGCCCAAGCCGUUUGGGUAUGGCUAUCCGACUCUUCAGCCUGGCUAUCAGAAUGCCACAGCGCCGCUUAAUUCUGGAGGACCACCCAGUAGCCCAGUGUAUUCUGGAUUCCAGCAGUAUGCUCAACAGUAUCCUGGUAUGAACCAGCUGUCCUCCAGUCUGGGAGGAUUGAGUCUUCAGAGUUCUUCACAGCCAGAAAGCUUGAGACCCAUCAAUCUUACUCAGGAGAGGAAUAUUUUACCCAUGACUCCUGUUUGGGCUCCUGUACCCAACUUGAAUUUAGACCUCAAAAAAUUAAACUGUAGCCCAGACUCAUUUCGGUGUACUUUAACAAAUAUUCCACAGACACAGGCGUUACUGAAUAAAGCUAAGCUUCCUUUAGGAUUGUUGUUACAUCCCUUCAGAGACCUAACGCAAUUACCAGUGAUAACAUCCAAUACCAUUGUGAGGUGCCGAUCUUGUCGAACAUAUAUCAACCCUUUUGUAUCCUUCAUUGAUCAACGUAGAUGGAAAUGCAAUUUGUGCUAUAGAGUUAAUGAUGUUCCUGAAGAAUUUAUGUAUAAUCCCCUUACCCGAUCCUAUGGAGAGCCUCAUAAACGACCAGAAGUUCAGAAUUCAACAGUGGAGUUCAUUGCUUCUUCAGAUUAUAUGCUCCGUCCACCUCAACCCGCAGUUUACUUGUUUGUUUUAGAUGUGUCUCAUAAUGCAGUAGAAGCUGGAUAUUUGACAAUUUUGUGCCAGGCACUUUUAGAAAAUCUAGACAAGCUCCCUGGAGAUUCACGAACAAGAAUAGGAUUCGUGACCUUUGAUAGCACUAUUCAUUUCUACAAUUUACAAGAAGGAUUAUCACAGCCUCAAAUGUUGAUUGUAUCUGAUAUAGAUGAUGUUUUUCUACCUACUCCGGAUAGCUUACUUGUGAAUCUAUAUGAAAGUAAAGAGCUUAUAAAAGACUUAUUGAAUGCAUUACCAAAUAUGUUCACCAAUACAAGAGAAACACACAGUGCCCUGGGUCCUGCUCUCCAGGCUGCCUUUAAAUUAAUGUCUCCAACAGGUGGCCGUGUGUCUGUAUUUCAGACACAGUUACCUUCCUUGGGGGCAGGACUUCUGCAGUCCAGAGAAGAUCCUAAUCAGAGAUCAAGCACAAAGGUUGUACACCAUCUUGGCCCUGCAACUGAUUUUUAUAAGAAACUCGCUUUAGAUUGCUCAGGGCAGCAGACUGCAGUGGAUCUGUUCCUUUUAAGUUCACAGUAUUCUGAUCUCGCUUCUCUAGCUUGCAUGUCCAAGUAUUCUGCAGGGUGCAUCUAUUAUUAUCCAUCUUUCCACUAUACUCACAAUCCUUCACAAGCAGAAAAGUUACAAAAAGAUCUAAAACGGUAUCUCACAAGAAAAAUUGGAUUUGAAGCUGUUAUGAGAAUAAGGUGUACUAAAGGUCUUUCCAUGCACACUUUUCAUGGAAAUUUCUUUGUCCGUUCCACUGAUUUGUUAUCCCUCGCCAACAUCAAUCCCGAUGCUGGAUUUGCAGUACAACUCUCAAUUGAAGAAAGUUUGACAGAUACUUCCUUAGUGUGCUUUCAAACAGCCCUAUUAUAUACAUCUAGCAAAGGUGAGCGGAGAAUUAGAGUGCACACUCUUUGCUUGCCAGUGGUCAGUUCACUAGCAGAUGUGUAUGCAGGAGUGGAUGUACAAGCUGCCAUCUGUCUCCUGGCAAACAUGGCUGUGGAUCGAUCAAUUUCCUCAAGCCUAUCGGAUGCAAGAGAUGCCUUAGUGAACGCUGUGGUGGAUUCAUUAUCUGCAUACGGCUCAACUGUCUCAAAUUUACAGCACUCGGGGUUGAUAGCACCCAGCUCCCUCAAGUUGUUUCCUCUCUAUGUUUUGGCCCUUCUCAAACAGAAAGCGUUUAGAACCGGCACAAGCACACGCCUGGAUGAUCGUGUAUAUGCCAUGUGUCAGAUAAAGUGUCAGCCACUUGUUCAUCUAAUGAAAAUGAUUCAUCCCAACCUGUACAGGAUAGACAGAUUGACAGAUGAGGGUGCAAUACACGUUAAUGACAGGGUUGUACCUCAGCCACCUCUUCAGAAACUGUCUGCAGAGAAACUGACACGAGAAGGUGCUUUCCUUAUGGACUGUGGCUCUAUUUUUUACAUUUGGAUUGGAAAGAGCUGUGACAAUAACUUUAUAGAGGAUGUGCUUGGGUAUCCUGAUUUUGCAUCAAUACCACAGAAAAUGACACAUCUUCCAGAGCUAGACACACUUCCAUCAGAGAGAGCCAGAUCCUUUAUAACUUGGCUUAGAGACAGCAGACCAUUAAGCCCAGUUCUUCACGUGGUAAAAGAUGAAAGUCCUGCCAAAACAGAAUUUUUUCAACAUUUGAUUGAAGACCGGACAGAAGCUGCCUUCUCUUACUAUGAAUUUUUGCUUCAUGUUCAGCAGCAGAUUUGUAAGUGA